CACCGGCUUCAUCGGUUCAACCAUGGCCGCUCUAGCCGCCUCGCUCUCCGCGAUCACGUGCGUAUCGUCGAAUGCCGCUUUGAAGCGCCAGCAGCGUGAUAAGCCUCGAGUUCGCGCCCAUCGCUCCCGCGUCGUAUCCGCGUCCGUCGAUGGUCCCAUCGUCAUCGCGGGUGCCACCACACCCACUGGAAGGCUCGUCGCCGGCCUCGCAGUCAAGGCGUACGGAGGCUCAAACGUCACGCUCGUCGUCAAUCAGGAUGCCCAGGAUGGCUACUGGCCGGAGGACAUGCCCGACGACGUCGUGGAGAAGCGAAUGUACGCCCCCGCGCCCGAGCUGGUGAAGGCCAAGCUCGUGGACCCGAGGAACGCGGGUGAUGCGCUCAAGGCGGCGAAACAGGUCGUCUUCUGCGCGGAGUGGGGCGCCACGCAGGCGGAGCUCGCCGAGCAGCUCCUGCCAUUCGUCAGCUCAGAUGCAAAGAGGGUCGUGAUGCUUUCCCGAGUCGGCAUCAACCGCAGGGAGAAGGCGCCGUUUGUGGAGCAAAAUAAGCCCCCGAAGAAGCUGCAGGAGGUUGCCCUCGGGCUGAAGCUGCCGGUUGGCGAGAACUCCGGCCAGCCCGGUACCCUGGACGGCUUCGCCAACGCCGAGAAGAUCCUCAGAGAUGCUGCAGUAAAGUCGGGAUUCUCGGCACACGUUGUCCGCAGCGGCGAACUGCGGGGGAACGGUCCCCUACUCCUCGCGGAUCUGUCAGCUCGCAUGGUGGAUAACCUGUACGACGUCAAGUAUCAGGACCUGUACUUCAAGAAGGGCGACGAGGGCCAGGGGUACACUAAGCGCCUGAACCUGGCGGCGACUCUGCUGAGGAUGACCACAACGGAUUCCACCCCGCCCGCCGACUGCGCCGCACUCAGCGUCGUGUGUGAGAUGAUCGAUCCGUUCGGUUUGAUGGGGGAGAAGACCCUAACGGAGCCUACGGGGGUGGAAAGGAGGAAGGGGUACGACAUGGCCAAGGGCAAGGCGCCCGCGCCAAUCGCAAAUGAGCUCAUCGACGAGUUGAUCGCCGCGCUCUGAGUCCAAAGUUGCUCGCUCAUUUAUUUAACGAAGGUCCAAGUAUC